AUGGUGAUCAUAUCUUCAUUGGAAAAUGUGAUUACAGAACAAAAUAACUUAAUUAAAAACUUAAUCAGUGAUCGAAAAAUUACAUCUAAAACCAGUGUAAAUAAUGGUGAGGGUAAUCCUACAUCGCAAGUGUAUCAGCGGCCAAUCCGUGAAGCUCGUAUACGUGCGUCAUCGGCGAUCGCCACUGCAACUAAAAAGGUGACAGCUAGAAGCAACGCAACAACGACGUCAUCGGGCGUGCCCCCUACUCCGUGUCCGUCGUUGGGUCCGAACCGUAAUCGCGAAGCUGUUAUUACACAGACGGAAAACAUUGAAGCAACCGGCGGUAAUACGGGAGAAUGGAUCGAGGUAAAGCGACCGCGUACUCGACGGUCGCUUGUAAAUGUAACUCGUGGUACAGGCAAUCUGACUGAUACUACGUUAUCCGCUGCAGAGCGAAAAUCAUAUUUACAUUUAUAUUAUGUGAAAAUCGGUACUACAGCAGAACAAGUUAUUGAGUACCUCAGAACAAUUUGUCCGGGAGAUAAUUGUUUCGCAGAGGCAUUAAAUUCGAGAGGUGAUUAUGCUUCAUUUAAGUUAUCUGUGCCUACAAAACAUCUAGACCAGUAUUUAGCAACUGAGAACUGGGUAGAAGAUGUCUACAUAAAACCUUGGCGCAAUGGAUUUCGUCAGAAAAGAGAACAAACAGUUUAA